AUGGGUUCAGUAAAAGAGUUUCCCCGCAUCAAGGAGAUCCGCACAUUCAUCAUUGACGGCGUCGGCUCUGGCGGCGACUACCACAACGUCGAAGGGGGGCAUUGGUUGAUUGACAGCAACAUUUCUACUCCCAUGACGAGAUGGGCUCAGUACCGCGGCUCGCGUACCUCCUGGGGUAUCAACGUGCUUGGAUCUUUCUGUGUAGAGAUUGAGGCUACAGACGGCAGCAAGGGAUUCGCGACUGGCUUCGGUGGCCCUCCAGCUUGCUGGUUAGUGCACCAGCAUUUCGAGCGUUUCCUCGUUGGCGAAGAUCCUCGCGACACCAACAACCUCUUUGAGAAGAUGUACCGAGGAUCCAUGUUCUAUGGACGCAAAGGCCUUCCGGUGGCGGCAAUCUCUGUGGUAGACCUGGCCAUCUGGGAUCUCCUGGGAAAGAUUCGGAACGAGCCAGUGUAUAAGAUGAUCGGUGGCGCGACUCGUGACCGCUUGAACUUCUAUUGCACAGGACCUCAACCUGCUACUGCUAAGGCUGCCGGCUUUAUUGGGGCCAAAGUUGCCCUUCCCCACGGCCCUGACGAGGGUACCGAAGGUCUUCUGAAGAACGUCGAGUAUCUCCGUCAACAGCGCGCCAGCGUGGGGCCCGACUUUCCUCUUCGUGUCGAUUGCUAUAUGUCCCUGACCGUCCCCUAUACCAUCCAACUGGUGAAGCGCUGCGAGGCUAUUGGACUAGACAUCGAUUGGUGGGAGGAGUGUCUCACUCCGGAUGACUUCGAUGGCCAUGCGCUGUUAAAGCAAGCUCACCCCACAGUGAAGUUUACCACCGGCGAGCACGAGUUCUCCCGCUACGGAUUCCGCAAGCUGGUCGAGGGCCGCAAUUUGGAUAUUAUCCAACCCGAUGUCAUGUGGCUAGGUGGCUUGACCGAGCUAUUGAAGGUCUCGGCGCUUGCAGCUGCCUACGAUAUCCCCGUUGUUCCGCACGCCUCCGGACCCUAUUCAUACCACUUCGUCGUCUCGCAGUCCAACAGUCCCUUCCAAGAAUACCUGGCAAACUCACCAGACGGCAAGUCAGUGGAGCCGGUGUUUGGAAACCUUUUCUUGAACGAGCCUAUUCCUACCCAUGGAUACUUGGAUGUUUCAGUCCUUGACAAGCCUGGUUUUGGUCUCGAGCUCAAUCCUUCAGCUCCUUUGAUCCCUGCAUCUGCGCUACUGACUCCCGCACCACAAAGAUCAUUACGUGCCCCCGAUGAUGGGAUGCCUGCCCAGUAG